UCUCAUCAGGAGGAGAGCGAGGAGAAAGGGGACAAGGACUUCAAACACCGCACUGUUACUCUGACACACCAGAGAGAAAAGAGUUUCCUUAUUUUCCUAGUCACCAUGAAAAUGGUCAUCCAAAUCUUGUGCUUCUUCCUUUUAAUAACUUUUUACAAAUGUGCAGUCAUCACUGGGGCGUGUGAGAGGGAUCUGCAGUGUGGAGCUGGGACAUGCUGUGCAAUCAGCCUGUGGCUUCGAGGGCUCAGGAUGUGCACUCCGCUGGGACAGGAAGGAGAUGAAUGCCACCCAUUCAGUCACAAGGUCCCUUUCCUUGGAAAACGCCAACACCACACCUGCCCGUGUUUGCCAAACUUUAUAUGCUCCAGGUUCAUGGAUGGCCGAUUCCGGUGUUCAGUAGACUUCAAGAACAUAGACUUUUAG